AUGCCGCCCCUUCCUGGGUUCUCUGAUAAUCAAUUUCGCACGAGAGACGACUUCAUACGUGCAGCUUCUGCACUCAUUAGCCCUUUAGGCCAAUACAGAUCACCCGGCCACGCACGAAUCAAAAUUGCGACAUGCACAGGUGCCGGAUUCAGCGAGACGGCAGCUCAGCUCGAGGGCUUCGCGCGGCCGCUUUGGGCUGUUGCCAUCUUACUCCAGCCCAAGCAACAAAGCAACCAGAGCACGAGUGCUCCCUUAGAAGGUGCACUAGAACCUUGGGUGACUGGCAUCCGAGCUGGAACCGACCCGCAGAGUCCGGAAUACUGGGGCGAUCUGUCCGACUUUGACCAGCGCAUGGUGGAGAUGGAGUCCAUCGCUUUUGCCCUGCUUGCAAAUCCCACUGUGUUCUCGUUUGACAGUGAGCCAACUACUCAAGCCAAUCUCAUUGCAUGGCUUCGGCAGAUCAAUGAGCAUAAGAUGCCUGAAACCAACUGGCUGUGGUUUCGUGUAUUGGUUAAUAUCGCGCUUUUCAAGACGCUUCAUGUACCCUUGGUUGAGGUGAAAGCGCAUAUCGACAAAAGCUUGGAGAAACUUGACACAUUCGAUAUCGGCGAGGGGUGGUCUUCGGACGGUCUCUGGUGCGAACAAAGAAAACAAGCCGAUUACUACAGCGGGAGCUUCGCGAUACAGUUUGCGCAACUCCUCUACAUUCGUUUUGCCCCGGAAUACGAUUCAGCUCGUACUUCCAAGUACAUAGAGCAAGCACGUGAGUUUGGGAAGGAGUAUUGGAGGUACUUCGACCCCCAAGGUGCAGCAAUUCCAUUUGGGCGAAGUCUAACGUAUCGCUUCGCGUUCGCGGCCUUCUGGGCAGCCAUUGCAUUCACUGGCAUUGAGCUCCCAGCUCCGAUCAAGGAGAUGGGAUCGGUGAAGGGCCUGUUGCUCAGGCACUUGCGGUGGUGGGCGAAACAGCCACACAUUUUCAACACUGAUGGGACGCCUUAUAUUGGAUUUGCGUACCCAAACAUGUACCUUGCUGAGGACUACAACUCGCCGCAAUCGGUAUAUUGGUGCCUGAAAAGCUUCUUGGUUCUCGGCCUGAAUGACACGAAUGCAUUCUGGCAGGCAGAGGAACUUGGUCAUCCAGGGAUUAGGAACGACAUUAUGCGACUCGACAAUGCAGUUGGAGACAUCAAAGUUCUCUGGCCUCCACGCCAAAUACUGUGCAACACUCGAGAGCACACAUUUUUGCUGUCUUCGGAGCAGUCGACCACCAAAAGGUUCAAGGCUCGCGAAGCCAAGUAUGGUAAGCUUGCUUACUCUUCUGCUUUUGGCUUUAGCGUACCAUGCGGUCUGUCACUAGAGCAGAUAGCACCGGACUCGACGUUGCUAGUUUCACUUGGGCUCGAGGAAGACGACUGGAAGGUACGGUGGAGCCCUUACGAUGUCGAAACUGGAGAGGUGUACAUGAAAGAGUGCGGCGAGAGGGUACCGAUCUUGAUGAGUCGCUGGAAGCCAUGGGCAAGGCUGGAUGUGGUUAUUGAAACGCUUCUAGUACCGCCUAUGCGAAGAUGGCCCGGGUGGAGCGCGAGGGUGCACCACGUGAAGUGCACGACGCUUCUCUCGGCGAGGGAAAGGCUGCAGAUCGUUGAAGGUGGCUUCGCAGCAAGUGCGCAGGCUGCAGAUAAUGUUUCUAUCUUCGAAAAGCCGUGUGCUUCCUUUCCCACUGGUGCCGAGCACAAGGAAAAGACGUUCGGGUGGUGGAGUGACCGAGAUAGCGCUCUCAUACUCUCAGAGUCUGGCGCGAGCGGUAUUGUCAAUUUGACGGAUCCUAGCUUGCGCGACGAAUCAGCGAACGUGCUCGUUUCGAGCAGGGCGACGGUUGUUCGUGCGGACCCUAACACGUAA